AUGCACAGGGCGCACGACCAAUUUCGGGCCAUACCAGAGCUUGAAGAACUCAGUCAGUCCGUGAUCGAGAUGACGCAGUUGAUUCUUGAAGAGAUGGCUCAAAACCUCGCUAUGCUUCCUUGUGGAGGCAGCCAUGGGCAGGGCAAGUUGCUUCCAGAGCCCAAGUCAACUUCACGGGCAGACAUCUACUUGGCCGCUCUGGACAGACGAAUCGAUCAGCUCGUGAAGCAUCUCGCUGUAUUGCCCGAUUCUAACAUCAACCUCUCGAUGCUUCAUGAGCUAGAAACCCACGUACAAGAGACCAUGGAUGAGAUUUGGGCCCUGCGGAACGACGCAUGGCAAGUUGUUAUGAAGCAAGUGAGGAAUCACUUGGCGAAGAACGGUGAGUUCAGGGCUAUCGUCGAGGAGAACAAAGUCCUCUUCUUACAGACGCCACCAAAAGAAGUUAUCGAGUUGAUUAUCAUGGCCGGGAACUCGAAUGAUGCUGAGGUUCUGCGAGCUUCCGUCGAUAAGCGGAAGCAGAGAAGAAUCCAGGGCAUUCGAAUGGUCACGAAGCGAUUUGACGAGGACCCUGACUUCCGCAAGCUGCUCCUUCAUGGUCCAGGAGGCAUGGACUUGACAGCUCGCAUCAAAUUGCUGCCAGACAUGCUGGAUCGGCAGACGGAAGAGGGCGACCGCUUCAUUACCGAAGUUUUGUUCAUGCUGCAGUGGCAUUUUAGCAAGCAAAAGGAGAUGGACUCAAAUUCCCAACCGAUUGACAGAGCGGCUAGGCAAGAUAAUCCCCAGGGAUGA